AGUUAAAGAUGAUGAAUCCAAAAUGCACAAAUGGGAAAGAAACUAGAAAUAAUAUGGAAAAGGCAAAGCAACAAAUCAACAGCAUCCAAGGCCUUAGCUUUCCACCACCAUUCUUGCUUCUAAUUCUUCUGCUAUUAUCAUCAGAUAACCUCAUCAAUGCACCAAUUCUACUUCAUCAACCCAGAAAAACCUGCUUCUUUUCUUCUUCUUCUUCUUCUUCUUCAAUAUUUCUGAUACCAAAAACCCAUUUUCUUUCUCAGUUUUCAUCUUCCACAUGGCUGCUCUCACUCUGCGCCUACUCUUCUUCUUCUUCUUUCUUGUUUUUCUCACCUCAGCCCAUGACAGUCUUUCUGCAAGAAGACAAGCUGCGGUUCUGGUUUCUGUAAAACAGAGUUUUCAAGCCCCGGAUCCUAGUCUGUCUACCUGGAAUCUCUCGAAUUACAUGGGACUAUGUAAUUGGACAGGCGUGACAUGCGACGCGUACAACAAAUCAGUAGUUUCGUUAGAUGUUUCCAACUUGAACCUCUCUGGUCCUCUGUCGCCUGCCAUAUCUGAGCUUCAGAGUUUGGUGAAUUUGUCGGUGGCAGGGAACAGCCUGUUUGGGGAUCUCCCACUAUCAAACAUUUCUGGUCUCAGAUUCCUCAACAUAUCAAACAACCUGUUCAGUGGAUGUCUGGACUGGGAUUUCUCCGGUCUGCCGGAGCUUCAAGUUCUGGAUGCUUAUGACAACAACUUCUCGUGCCCGCUUCCGGUUGGGGUUACUAAGCUCACCAAGCUCAGGCAUUUGGAUUUCGGGGGGAAUUAUUUUUCGGGGAGGAUCCCUCGGGGCUAUGGAGGGCUAAAUCAGCUCAGGUUUCUGUCCCUGGCAGGGAACGAUUUGUUCGGGUUCAUACCUGGGGAGCUGGGGAAUUUAAGCAGCCUAAAAUGGCUUCAGCUUGGGUAUUACAAUAGGUUUGAUGGGGGAAUUCCAGGGGAUUUUGGUAGGCUUUCCAAUUUGGUUCAUUUGGAUCUUUCUAGCUGUGGCCUGGAAGGUCCAAUUCCAGGAACACUGGGAAACCUGAAGAAUUUGGACACUCUUUUCCUGCAAACCAAUCAGCUUAAUGGCUCAAUUCCUCCCCAGCUGGGAAAUCUGGGUAGCUUGAAGUCCCUGGAUAUCUCCAACAAUGCACUCACCGGGGAGAUCCCGGUUGAAUUCUCGGCACUCAAACAACUCACCAUCUUGAACCUUUUCAUCAACAAGCUCCAUGGCCAAAUCCCUGAGUCCAUUGCAGAGUUGCCCAAGUUGGAGGCUUUGAAUCUUUGGAGGAAUAACUUCACUGGCUUCAUCCCUCCAAAGCUCGGGCAGAACGGUGAGCUCAUCAAGCUCGAUCUCUCCACCAAUAAACUCACUGGCCAGAUACCAAAAUCCCUCUGCUAUGGGGAAAAACUGGAAAUCUUGAUUCUGCUUGACAAUUUCUUGUUUGGGCCUUUGCCUGAUGAUCUUGGAAAGUGUGAGACUUUAUCCAGAGUCAGGAUGGGGCAGAACUACCUGAGUGGACCGAUACCGGAUGGAUUCCUCUACCUCCCAAAGCUUACACUGGUUGAAUUACAGGACAAUCACUUCACAGGAAGAAUUGCCUUUGAGAAAAGCACAGCAUCUUCCAAGCUGGAAGGCCUGAAUCUUGCGAAUAAUCACUUGUCUGGCGAUCUCCCAACCAGUAUUGGAAACUUUUCGGGUUUGAAGAAUCUUGUGCUAAGUGGGAACAGAUUCUCCGGCCAAAUUCCUUCUGAAAUAGGCUACCUGAAGGGAAUCUUAAAGCUGGAUAUGAGCAGAAACAACUUCUCCGGCACCAUUCCAUCAGAUAUCAGCAAUUGCCCUUCCCUCACUUACCUGGAUUUGAGCCAGAAUCAGCUCUCAGGUCCUAUCCCCAUCCAACUAGCCCGAAUUCGAAUCCUAAAUUACUUCAAUGUUUCCUGGAACCACUUGAACCAGAGCUUACCUGAAGAGAUUGGCUCCAUGAAGAGCCUAACUUCUGCAGAUUUCUCCCACAAUAACUUCACUGGCUCUGUCCCUGAAACCGGGCAGUUCUUAUUCUUCAACUCCACUUCCUUCACCGGCAACCCUUAUCUCUGCGCCUCCUACCUAAUCCCCUGCAACUCUUCAUCUGAUUUACAAUCCCAGGUCAAAACCCAAAGCAGCAAAUCCAAUGUCCCUGCAAGAUACAAGCUGAUAUUCGCGAUGGGGCUUCUGCUAUGCUCCCUGGUUUUUGUCGUCUUCGCAGUGAUCAAGACAAGGGAGGUUCGAAAAAAUUCCAGGUCCUGGAAGCUGACAGCCUUCCAGAAACUGGAUUUCGGGAGCGAAGACGUGUUGGGAUGCUUAAAGGACAGCAAUAUCAUUGGGAGGGGAGGGGCCGGGGUGGUGUACAAAGGAACAAUGCCAAAUGGACACAAUGUGGCAGUGAAAAACCUGGGAAUCAGCAAAGGCUCAAACGACAAUGGCCUGUCUGCAGAGGUUCAAACGUUGGGGAAGAUUCGACACAGGUACAUUGUGAGGCUGCUGGCGUUCUGUUCAAACAAGGAAACCAAUUUGCUGGUUUACGAGUACAUGCCUAAUGGGAGCUUAGGCCAAGUCCUCCAUGGAAAAAGCGGCGGGUACCUGAACUGGGAAACCAGGCUGAAAAUCGCCAUUGAAGCUGCAAAAGGCUUGUCUUAUUUGCACCAUGAUUGCUCCCCUCUCAUCAUCCACCGCGACGUCAAGUCCAACAACAUCUUGCUUGAUUCUGAUUAUGAAGCCCAUGUCGCAGAUUUUGGACUAGCCAAGUUCUUUCACAACAAUGGAGCCUCAGAAUGCAUGUCUGCAAUCGCCGGCUCUUAUGGCUACAUUGCUCCAGAAUAUGCGUACACACUGAAAGUGGACGAGAAGAGCGAUGUGUACAGCUUCGGAGUGGUGCUGCUGGAGCUGAUAACGGGGCGAAAACCGGUGGGGAAUUUCGGGGAGGAAGGGAUGGACAUUGUUCAGUGGGUAAAAGUGCAGACAAAACGCAGCAAAGAAGGGGUUGUGAGGAUCAUAGAUGAGAGGCUAAAGAAUAAUGUUCCAAUUGAAGAAGCCAUGCAAGUGUUGUUUGUAGCAAUGUUGUGUGUGGAAGAGCAGAGUGUGGAGAGGCCAACCAUGAGGGAGGUUGUCCAAAUGCUUGCCCAAUCCAAACAGCCCAAUACCUUCCACAUUCAAUGAUCACUUUGUUAAUACAAACCACUCUUUUUAAUUAGUCUUGUUUAAUCUUCAUCUUUCAAUUAAUCAACUCCCAGAUUUUGAUCUCAUCUGUUGUGGCUUUUGUACUGUUGGAUUAGUUUGGUGCAGUGUGAGGGUAUGGAUAAUAUGUAUAAAAAUGAUGACUAUAAUAAUUAUACAUUUCUCUAUAGUAUUAGAAA